UGGAGCCACAGUGUGGCGGUGGAGGCAGCAGCAAUGGGAGGCCAUACAGCACUCUAUGACAAAAUGGAACCCACCAGCAGUGUGAGGAGACAUUUCACGGGGCCAAAACCAGAGUGUGGAGCCACAGUGUGGCGGUGGAGGCAGCAGCAAUGGGAGGCCAUACAGCACCCUAUGACAAAAUGGAACCCACCAGCAGUGUGAGGAGACCUGAAAGUGGCACAUGGCAGAGUGUGGCGAUGGAGACAGCAGCAAUGGGAGGCCGUACAGGGACCCAUGACACACUCUGGACCUGGCAGCAGCAUG